GUGCAAUAAGUAACUUGUCCAUACGAGGCUCUAUUAUAAAUCUAAAAAACCCGGCCCAUGAAUUCUAGGGUUUAGGUUUAUAACAGCUUGUAGUUUCUUCUCUUCGGCACUGCCCCCCUCUGCGUCUGUCUGCAUCUCUAACCUCUCUCUCGAUUUUUGUUGUCAAGGGAAUUUCUCAGCAAACCUCAAGAUGCAGAACGAAGAAGGACAAAUCACCGAGCUCUACAUUCCUAGGAAGUGUUCUGCUACAAACAGAUUGAUCACUGCGAAGGAUCAUGCUUCAGUUCAGCUUAACAUAGGUCAUUUGGAUGAGAGCGGUGUUUACAAUGGUCACUUCUCCACUUUUGCUCUCUGUGGCUUCACUCGUGCUCAGGGAGAUGCUGACAGUGGAAUUGAUCGCCUGUGGCAGAAGAAGAAAACCGAAUUGAAGCAGUAGAUGAAAUGAUCACAUCUUUAUUAUGUGGUUUUUUACAUAUUGUCAUGUGUUGAAUUCAACUUUGUUAGAGAUAUUGGAUUAUUCUAUGUAAUGUGAUGCCUGUUUUGAAAUUCAUUUGGUACCUUUAAGGCAUUCACUAAGUUGCUUUUUAAUUAAGUGCUUCAAAAAAGAAAUAGUUGUUUUCUACUACAUUUCUGAGGUUGAUUUACUUAUUGUCAUCGUUUGUAAUUGUAAGUUUAGUUUGGCAUUUGCCAACUGCUUUGCCCCUCUU